AUGACACAACAUGUAGCUAUUGCACCGGCGCCGGGCAACACUCCAUCCGCGGCCGACACCAGUUCCUCUGCAGUCAUGGGAUUCAACUGCCAGUCGUGCGUGCGGAAAAAGAUCAAGUGUGAUAGAACUCUCCCAGUCUGUUCUAGUUGCCGAAAAGGCAAGCUUGAGUGCAUGUUUCAAGCGCCCCAGCCACGUAAGCGGAAGAGAGUUCAGGUUGAAGAUAUUAGCAAACGGCUCGCUCGAUAUGAGCGCAUCUUGGAGGCUAAUGGUCUCUUACCAGCCGCGGCAGAGCCGCCUUCUCUAAGUAAGGACUCACGAAUGAAGGAGCAAGCGGCAGACCCGAUAUCAAUUCUGCCCGAGCAAUCCGGUCCAGCCAAAGCCGGUAAACUUGUUUCAACAAAUGGAGGAUCUCGAUAUAUUGACAGUGUUCUUCUUCUCCCAGCUGGAGACGGUGACCUAUGUGAACUGUCGGAUUCAUCUUCCGAGUAUGGUGACACCGAAUAUGGUACUCCGGAAGAGCCGCAGAGCACGACGGGAUCUUUAGGCUUUCUUGCUGGGGAGACUGUCCAACUCGCCAUGUUUGGAUCGCAGCAACGCUUGGCGGAUUCACAUCCUUCGCCAGAUGAUGCCGUCACUCUUUGGGAUACCUACAUUCAAAAUGUGGAAGCCCUCUGCAAAGUACUUCACAUUCCUACUACAGCAAAAAUGAUUGAGAGGGUCUCUCGAACGCCGUCAUCGGCUUCUAAAGAAGACGACUGUCUACUUUUCAGUAUAUACUACUUUUCUGUUUUUGCCAUGCCCGAGGCAGACUGUUUACGCGCAUUCAAUGUGCAAAAGGAUGUCUUGAUAGCAAAGUACCGUGGCGCCUUUCUUCAAGCACUAGUCAAUGCUUCGUGGCUGAAAACUACCUCGUUGCGUGUGCUCCAGGCUUAUGUUCUAUUUCUUGUCGCGGCACGGAGUCAACUCGAUCCACAUACAUUCUGGAGUUUGACAGGCAUUGCAACCAGAUUAGCCCAGCGAAUGGGUUUACAUCGUGAUGGAGAAAACCUCGGCUUGCCACCUUUUGAGAUCCAGAUGCGUCGUCGACUGUUUUGGCAACUGCUUCCUCUUGACACAUACGCUGGUCAGGUUUCAGGAACCGGAAUCUCAAUAGCACCCGAGAGUUGGGACACCAAGAAACCUCUAAACAUUAACGAUGACCAAAUCUAUCCGGGCAUGGAAGAGCAACCAGAAGAGCAGAAGGGUGCCACGGAAAUGAUGUUCAGUUUGGCAAGGAUAGAGUUGUCUAACUUUUAUGCUAAGACAGGAGUCAAAUUGAAGGGGGCCUCCGUAUCAUUUAAGAACUCGGACGAGAUCGAAAAAUUAAUAGACGACGUUGAAGGGUCAAUAGAGGCGAAAUAUCUCCGGUACUGCGACAUCUUGAACCCAUUGCACGUUUUGACCAUCGGGGUCGUACGGUCAGCUGCGAAUGUCGUGCGGCUACGUAAUCGGAUGACUCCAUUGAUGGAACAGACGGUGAACGACCAGGAGCGACGAGAGCUCUGUGCUCUCGCGCAAAAGAUUCUGGAGACAGACAGUACCAUUUAUCGUAACGCGUCUCUAAAGAAGUUCCAAUGGCAAGUGAAGAAUUUUUUCCUUUGGGAUGCGCUUCUUUGCAUUUUAUUUAGCUUCACAAAAGCUGGGUUCUAUAAAUGUGAAGAACUAGAUCGCGCAUGGGAUAUGGUUAAGGAAGUCUAUUCAAAUCAUGAGGAUGUUCUGGGGAAGAAGCGAGCUCUAUAUGCCAUGAUUUGCGAUGUCACACUGAAGGCAUGGCAUGUUAGCCCGCCCAGACAAGAUGCCCCUGAACCUCCCUUUAUAUCACGUCUUCGCAGUCAGCCUAAACGAAAGGCACGGAGACAGAAAGACACCACAAGUGACGUGGACAGCAGCAAGGAAGAAGUCGAAGACCUUUCGACAUUUGAGAGUCUCUUCGGGAAUGUGGAAGGCCCAGCUUGGGACUUGAAUAACAACACCGUUGCCCGCCCGUCAGAUUGGAUGUUCUGGGACCAAUUCUAUGGCGACACGAAUCUUUAUUGA